AUGCAGGACUAUGCGGUACGUCUACCUGCUUCUGGCUACCGAGUGGUGUUCACUGAGAUGCAGCAGGUCAACGAGUUCAGCUCCAAUGCUCAACCUCACUUCAAUCUGCUUAGGAUUCUAGGCGGAUGGGGCAACGUCAAUGGCCCAGGGCUUCUGAUGCUCCGCAGUAUGCUUGCGGGAACAUCUACAGCCGCCGUCAUCGGUCUCUCAGCCGCAAUAAUUGGCAGCAGUAUCUGGGGUACAGCGGCUUUGCCAUUUCUAGUUGUCCCGUCUAUCGGGUUCGCGCUCGGUAGCGCUAGAUGGUACAUGGUGGCCACAAGAGAAGCCCUCCUUCAACUAGACAACUACCCCUCCAUUUUGCGACUUCAUCUCAUUGCAAACUUUCCCUGGAAGCCGGGGCUUGGCCGCAAAGGUGUCGACUGGUAUACUUCAGAUAGGUUCAGAUCGAGGUGGGAAAUGAAGAGUAUGCUUGUGGCUGCUUGGCUUACAGCACAGCCUGCGCUCGACGAGAUACGCACCCGAACGGAGGCUGGGAUAGUAGAAAGCUAUGUGAGGCAGAGUCAUGUUAAAAAUGGAGACCUCAGCGAGGAUGAAUAG